GUGAAUAAUGUUAUCAUUAUCAUGAAGUAUUAUCGUUUUCCACAAGAUAUCUGUAUACUAUUUUUUUGUGCUCUUUUUAAUGUAAAUUAUUACGGAGAAAGAAAUUAGAAAUAUUUUAAUCACAUUAAAUUGCACCUACAAUAUUCUAAUAAUAAUAACAACAACAUGGAACAUUAUCUGCAAUAUAAAUAUGGACUAAAAUCAUCUGAGAAUUUCGAUGAAUAUUUAAAAUUCAUUGGUGUGGGAUUAUUAGCUCGUACAGCCGCUGCAGGUGUCUCACCAGUCUGCAGUUUAGUUCUCAAUGAAGAUGGCACUUACACAUUUACGUCAUACUCUUUACUUAAAACUAUCACUCUAACAUUUAGUCUUGACGAAGAGUUCAUUGAAGAGAGGCCUGCAGAUGGAGCACAGUUAAAAUCCAAAUGUACAAUUGUAGGAAAUGACCUAAUUCAUGAGAGUACAGAGGAGAGCGGUAGAAAAACUAGAGUCGUACGAACUUUUACGGAAAACUCCCUUAUGGCGGUUACCACAGUUGAUGGAUGGGACAAACAAUGUAUUAGAGUAUAUGAACGUAUUUAUUAAUUACAUUUAAU